AUGGCGACGACGAUUACAUUUGGAAGCACCACUGACCCCAGGGCUUCCAGAGAGAGGGCACAGCUGCCGGAGGAGAUUGAGGAGAAAGGAAACCUGGACCCGGACAGGAUUAUGCAGUGUCCGUACGACAAAAACCACCAGAUCCGGGUUUGCCGGUUCCCCUACCACCUCAUGAAAUGCAUGAAGAAUCAUCCCAAGCUGGCGAAAGAGCUAAAGACCUGCCCGUUCAACGCUUGCCACCUCAUGGCCAAGAAUGAGCUGAGCCGCCACAUUGACACCUGUGAGAACAGGAUGUCUCUGGGCCCUGGUGAAGGCACCAUUGGACAGGCGGAAAGGCAGCUCCCAGCAAGCACCUGGGUGAACCCCAACACCGAGGACUGGGAUGAUGAGAUAGAUGAAUAUGCUCCAACAUUUAAAUGGGGCCAAAACAAUGGAGCAGAGUGA